AUGUCAACGUCCUCCCUGUCCAUCGCUGUUGAUCCAGUGGCUCUGGUGACAACAGAAUGCAUCACCGUCACCUCCUCCAUGCGCAAACAUGCCCGCUGGGCUCAUUCGUCUGUUGCCGCCAUUCUCGGUGGAAAUGCUUCCUCCCGAGUAUAUGAGAAAGAUACAUCUGCCCCUCCGAGCCCCCGCAAUGGCGCGGCCUCUCCCCGUCCUCGUUCGAGACUGUCUGUCAUGGAUGACGAUCAUGCUUUGGCCAAUCGAUGGGGCCUGAGGGGCAAGAAAGGCAAGAGCAUGCAAGAUAAUCCUCUGAUCUCCGCGUUCACACGGUUACGGAGCGACCUAAAGGACUGCAAAGACAUUCGGACCUUCGAUACACCGGCACUCCUGCACCCCUUCCUGCAAGUCAUCCGUUCAUCCUCAACCUCGGCCUCGAUCACCUCCCUCGCCCUGAUCGCGAUCACCAAGUUCUUCGCUUAUAACAUCAUUAACCGCGACUCCCCUAGGCUUUCCAUGGCCAUGCAGCUUUUGUCGGCCGCCAUAACCCACUGUCGUUUCGAGGCCAGUGAUUCCUCUGCGGAUGAGAUUGUUCUGUUGAGGAUCCUCAAGCUUAUGGAGGGAAUGCUUUCCCGACCGGAGGGAGAGCUGCUUGGCGAUGAAAGUGUCUGUGAAAUGAUGGAAACGGGUCUGAGUAUGUGCUGUCAAGUGCGUCUCUCGGAAGUGCUGCGGCGUUCCGCCGAAAUGGCCAUGGUCAAUAUGUGCCAAGUGAUCUUUUCACGUUUGUCGCAGCUGGAGGUCACGGAGUCGGUCGACUCGGGCUCUUUGACCGCAGCCGGGAACAGUGCCGAACAGACGGGCCUUAAGAUGGAUCCCUCCGUUGAUGGGGACACCGUAACCUCCCAGCAUCCUUCCGCCAUGGGCUCCGACACCGCGGGACCGGAACGAGAGCGCACCGGCGGGGAUGAGCCGUCCGAUCAAGCUGCCAGUGGGAACGCCGUCGCCGCUCCUCCGAACCCAGAAGACGAUCUCGGGAACGAGGUCGAGCCGUAUUCCUUGCCUUCUAUCCGGGAAUUGUUCCGUGUCCUCAUCGACCUGCUCGAUCCACAUAACCGGCAACAUACCGAUCCCAUGAGGGUAAUGGCAUUGCGGAUCAUAGACGUGGCUCUGGAAGUCGCAGGCCCUUCCAUCGCCAAACAUCCUAGCUUGGCCGCAUUGGCGAAAGACGAUCUUUGCCGGCACCUGUUCCAGUUGGUUCGCUCGGAAAAUUUGGCCAUUCUCAGUGGGUCGCUCAGGGUUGCCGGCACUCUCCUUUUAACCUGCCGGUCCGUCCUCAAGCUACAGCAGGAGUUGUACCUGUCCUAUCUGGUUGCUUGUCUUCAUCCUCGCGUAGAGAUCCCGAGAGAGCCUGGCAUCGAUCCGGCCCUAUAUGAUGGGGUGCCACAAGCACCCAAGCUGGUGAAACCUCCUCCUUCACAGUCCAACAGCGGCAGGUCCACGCCCGUCCCAGUCAAGGAUAGACAGAAACUAGGUCUGGAAGGCGGCUCGAGGAGACCAGAGACUCGGGAAGCCAUGGUUGAGAGCAUCGGCGUGCUCGCACGUAUUCCCAGCUUCAUGGUGGAGCUUUUCGUCAACUAUGAUUGCGAAGUAGAUCGGGCAGACCUCUGUGAGGACAUGGUGGGUCUCCUUUCUCGCAAUGCCUUCCCCGAUUCAGCGACGUGGAGCACAACUAAUGUGCCCCCAUUGUGUCUGGAUGCACUCUUGGGGUACAUUCAAUUCAUAUACGAUCGUCUCGAAGACGAGCCGCGAUACGAGGGCUUCCCCUCCAAGGAGAUGCUCAAGAGCCAACGCAAAAGGAAGAGGAUCAUCAUACAGGGCGCCCAAAAGUUCAAUGAAAAUCCAAAGGCGGGAAUCGCAUACCUUGCAGCUCAUGGUAUCAUUGAAAAUCCAGACGAUCCUGUUCUGGUUGCCCGAUUCCUGAAGGGAACGACUCGGAUAUCGAAGAAGGUUCUUGGAGAGUUCAUUUCUAAGAAAUCCAAUGAAGCAAUCCUGGAAGCAUUCGUCGAUCUGUUUGACUUCUCCGGCAAGACUGUCGUCGAUGCGCUGAGAGACCUCCUCGGUGCUUUCCGUCUUCCUGGAGAAUCUGCUCUCAUUGAACGGAUUGUGACCACAUUUUCUGACAAAUUCGUCCAGAAAGCUCAUCCAAAGGGCGUUGCAGACAAGGAUGCACUCUUCGUGCUGACAUACGGCAUUAUUAUGCUUAACACAGAUGCCUACAAUCCUAAUAUCAGGCCCCAGAAUCGCAUGACUUGCACUGAUUUUGCAAGGAAUCUGCGCGGAGUCAAUGCGGGACAAGACUUUGCUCCCGAAUUCCUUCAAGAGAUCUACGACUCAAUCAAACAAAACGAGAUCAUUUUACCCGACGAGCAUGAGAAUAAACACGCUUUUGAUUAUGCAUGGCGCGAGCUUCUUCUCAAAUCUUCAUCUGCCGGAGAACUGGUUGUUGGGGAGACCAACAUUUACGAUUCGGAGAUGUUUGAAGCAACUUGGAAACCAGUUGUGGCAACGCUUUCGUACGUCUUCAUGUCCGCCUCAGAUGAUGCAGUCUACUCUCGAGUCGUGAUGGGUUUCGAUCAAUGCGCACAGAUUGCUGCGCGUUACGGUAUCGCCGAGGCAUUCGACCGCAUCAUAUUCAGUCUCGCGUCCAUUAGCACUCUUGCCACCGACAAGCCGCCAAGCACCGCCCUUAACACGGAGGUCCAAGCUGGGAAGAAGACCGUGAUGGUUAGCGAGCUUGCCGUCAAGUUCGGGCGAGACUUCAGAGCCCAGCUAGCCACGGUUGUUCUCUUCCGGGUUCUGUCAGGAAACGAGUCUGCUGUUCGGCAAAGCUGGAAAUAUGUUUUCCAAAUCACCAGCAACCUCUUCAUCAACUCGCUCAUUCCUUCAUUUGAAAGUGAUGUGAUUGCUGAACUCGGGAUCCCUUCGAUCCCACUGCAAUCCCCAUCACAGGUUGUAGACCGCGAUGCGCGUGGUAGUGAGACAGGACUCUUGUCGGCUUUCACGUCUUAUCUCUCCAGCUAUGCAGCCGAUGAUCCUCCAGAACCAUCGGAUGAGGAGCUGGACAAUACGCUUUGCACAGUUGACUGCGUGGCCGCAUGCGCAAUCAAUGAUGUUCUGCUCAACAUCAAAUCCCUUCCCCUCUCAUCCGUCACUCUAAUCGUAGAGUCGUUAAUGGCUGAGCUACCUGAAGACACCACUCCAGCGGUCAUUGUUGUCAAACCUGAACGACCAAUUUCUUCCCCAAGAUCGCCAAAUGGCAGAGCCGUUGCACAGAAAUCAAACUAUGACCCCAAGAUGAUGUAUUAUUUGGAAUUGGCAACGGUUCUUACCCUCCGUGACCAAGGAACCAUCGAGGCCCUCGGUGAACGACUGGCCAUCGUGUUGCAGGCCUUUAUCAGAGAUGCAACGAAUCUGCACUCGCUGGCCCUGUCCCGGAUCGUCUCCUAUCUGUUCAAUCUAUUGCGACUGAGCCAUGAUCAAUCCUUCAUGCGUGUGCCUGUCAUUCUCCACGGCAUAUCCAGCUUCGAACAGGAUAUUUUAGAAAGUGUUGCUGUCCCCACAAUCAAAGGUCUAGCCCGGUGCAUUUCAGAACCAGGCCUCUUGAGAAACGAGCUCACUGUCUCCCCCGACUUCUGGUCCAUUCUGCAGAGAUUGCACCAACACACGGAGGCGGCCCCCUUAGUUUUCGAGCUCCUUCGCAUAAUCAUUGAUUCUGUGCCUCCCAUAGUGACUGCAGAUAACUAUGAGUCUGCUGUCGGUCUUGCGAAUGAUUUCAUAAGCGCUGCUAGCGUGGGUUACAUCGAAGAACGCCAGAGGGAUGCAGCCUCUCGGCGCUCUAAGGCUGUGAAGCCAUCAAAGCCAAGUGAGAACGAGGUUGUUGCUCGCGGUGUCAAAGCCGUUGGUCUCAUCUAUCACCUGACAAGUCGGGUUCCGACCCUCAUUAAGCAGUCUCAUCUUGAGGAGCGUGAAGGUACGUAUGAAACGUGCCUAGUCGCAGCAGAAGAACAGGCCAUUAACUUUGAUAAUCUCGUAGCUUGGUCAGCCUACUGGUCACCCGUAUUCCAGUCUCUGAGCGCACAGUGCAUUAACCCUUGCCGGGAUAUCCGGCAUCAUGCGGUUUCCACUCUGCAAAGAUGCCUUCUCUCUGUCCACAUUGAUUCGACUGAUGACAAGGAAUGGACCGCUAUCUUUGACCAGGUCCUGUUCCCACUUAUUCUCUUGUUACUGAAACCCGAGGUCUACCAUUCCGAUCCACGUGGUAUGAGUGAAACUCGCGUUCAAGCAGCAACACUGGUUUGCAAAAUCUUCCUACGCUAUCUCGACCAGCUUCCGAACCGGGAAGGCAUGCUAGAUCUCUGGCUGAAGAUUCUGGAUAUCCUCGACCGUAUGAUGAACAGCGGUCAGGGGGAUAGCUUGGCGGAGGCAAUCCCUGAAAGUCUCAAAAACAUUCUUCUAGUCAUGGCGGAUGGCGGACACUUGGUACCGCCGUCCCAAGAUCCCAGCAAGGAACCCAUCUGGACGGAAACCAAGAAACGCCUGGAGCGAUUCCUCCCAGACUUGUUCAAGGAGAUUUUCCCCGAAGACUUGAACGAAAGGCCCGCCGUAGUCUCCGCGAUCUCGUCUCCUAUCUCUCCUUCCCGCGACGAUGCCAACGCCACCGAUGCAAACGUUGAAGAGUCUCAGCCAAUUUCUGGUCAGUCUGAAGGUGAAGGCGAAGUGAUAAAGCCUGAAACCAAGGCCGACUAA